UUUUAUACCGAACAGUGUAUACAACAAUGACGUUUUGAUUCUUCCUUAAAAGAACUUGUCGUAUUAUUUCUUUGAAAAUCUAUGGCCAACAAAGAACAGAAUUCUGACAAAAAUGCACCCGUUUUCAGCGGAUUCACUGAGUUGUAUCUAAGAAAGUUGGGAGAAAAUCUCUUCCGGAAAAAUCAAAAUCCUGGCCCCCGUAUCGCUAUAAAGAAACUAGAUUCUGUCUAUGCAUAUGAAAUCAGCUGUAUGAUGCAUACUCUCGGAGAUGUUGCAAAACCCCUUAAGAGUUCUGUUCAGUACCUAGAGACAAUUCUUCGUGACCAAAUGAACUUGUUGUUGAUCAAAGCUUCUGAAAUUCCUGGUCCCAAGGCGCUGACUCAUACACGUUUACUCCCACUCAUAGCACACAAAAGGGAGAAGAUGACGCGCCUCUUACAAUAUUUAUUUUUGAAAGAUUCAUGUGAACUUCUUAGGAACAGAAAAUAUGAAGAAUAUGCAGAUGCUGUCGAUAAUGGACAAUGCAGAAAAAGGGUGGGAAUAUGUUUGAAAUUCUUGAAGAGUAUUGGUGCCGGAGAUUACGAUAUGGAAGUUUUGAAAACUUCACUCCUUCGUACUGAUGAUAUUGCUUUAGAAAGAGCAGCGAGGAGGUUUCAAAUGUCCCGUUUGAUGUCCAACGAAAAUUAUUUAAAAUUUUUCAAGAAACAAAGUGUCGGUUUCUAUCCUAAAAAUGACGGUGGCAUGUUUGAAAAGUGGUUACUAGCUGAUAAAGUAACGACUUUGCAACCUACACCUUUAGCUCUUGAUAUUCUGGCCUAUUUUGCGAGAGAAACCCUUUCUGAAAUUGUUGAAGCAACACUUCAGAUUGAUCAGCCAAAGAAGGACUCAAAGAUAAACACUUCUAAUAUCCUUGCAAAGAAAAAUCAUCAGUCGUCAGCAGAUCGAACAGGGACAUUCUCAUUUUCCACUUCAGACAUUUUUAGUCCAGGAAGGUUAAGGGACCUUAUUACUGAUAAUUCUGAUUCCUGUUCAGUUAAUUUUGAAUCUUUAGGAAUGACGGACAUUUUUCCAUCAUCUAUGUCUCCGAAAGUAUCGCUCUCAGAAAACGAUGCAAUCGUACCGGCAAAAGAAUCAUCAUGCACUAAGAAACGGAAAAUGGAAACAAUGGAUUUCGAUACAAAAAAUAAUAGCGAGAAAUCAGAGGUGGAAGAAAUGAAAAGAUUUCAAGAAUCUGAGCCCAGACUUGUCUUACAAGAACCGAAGAUUCCUCCCAGAAAUCCUGGCAACCCUAUUACGGUGGACGAUUUAAGAUCUACAGUGAUGAAUUUAAUUAUUUUGCAAGAUGAAGAAUUUCAAUUCAGCAAGAAGAAAAGGAUAUUAUGCCUUUAGAAUAAUUUUCCAGUUGUGUGAGAUGAAUUUGAGGUACAAAGUACACACAAUAAACAGAAGUACAAAAUCUGAGGAAUUUAAUUAUCAAAAUGUGAUUCUGUCAAUUUUCAUUUUCAUGUUUGAAAAUUCAUAUCAUCAUUUAAA